AUGGCAUACAAACCCAGUGAUGUGGUAGAUCUCACCGCAGAUCUCAGUACCACUGAGGAUUCUGAGUUCGAGCUUCCACCUGUUGAAAUAUUCUUAAAAUCACCCCAUAAACCUAAACCCUCCCCAGCGCAAACAACGGCUGUGAACGCCAGCCAUUCGUUUCCGGCACGCACAGCAAAUCUUUCCUCUAGCACAGGAGGUAAUGUGGCAAGCUCCUUCCCACCCUACGCAGUACCCAGUGCACCGAGCGCUACGCCAACGUCCUCCAAACUUCCGAAGAAAGGCACUUUUGGCCCGACCUCCAAAAAGACGCUUAAACAUAAGAGUUCAAUCGAUUCGCAUAGACUCAAGGCGGUCGGACAGAAUGGAUCUCGGGAGACACAGGCAAAGAAGCGACGAAGACUGCACCCUCCAAACCCAAGGUCGCCAGACCGGCUGAACACUCCUAGCAUACCCCAGACGGGGGACCGUAGCCAUGGCAGCAGUUCUAGGGGAUACGGAAUAACCCACUCGAACGGUCCUGGGCCAUAUGACGGUCAAAAUAGAGUUAUAAUUACGAGCACAGCAGACAUGGGCGCGACAGGCCUUGAAUUCAUUGCUCCAGCUGGUUUUCGAUCGGAAAGGAGAAGUGAGCGUCUGCCACAUAAACCAAAACCGAGAAGACCGGCCGCGGUGUCUGCGUCUGUAUUAUCCACAAAAUCAUCAGAUUCUGACGAAGCAACAGACGCUCUGCAGGCCUUCAAGCCGCGCUCAGAGCGCCGAGGGAACGGAUCUAAAGAGCGGCAUCAUAAGGCUGGGGGGCUCGUGAAACCAUCAGUACCUCCCGGCUCAAGAUCCUUUGAGUCGGAACCUAUUACCAGCGAGGAUGAUGACCGAGUUCAAACUUCCAGUGACGGUAAACGGCCUCGUAAAGCCCUUGACUUAGGAACCUCCAUGCUUUCACCGAAAGGAAGAGCAAAAGAUCCGAAGCAAAGAAAUGUGGCACCACGCCCGCAUCCUAAUAGUUUACAUCGCCAGAAGCACCCGCCGAUGCUAGCUCCUGCGAGCAAAUCUCCUAUCGCAGAUGUUAACGACCUCCUUACGCCAACAGAGAUCGAUCUUAGCAUGCAUUUCCAUGUCUCAUCCCCAAAAGACGUACAAGAAGCAAGCGCACCUAUUAAGCAUGGAAAGGGGCUCAUUUGGACCGAGGAAGAAGACCGCCAGAUAAUUUACCUAAGAACCGUCAAAAACACCCCUUGGCCCGAAGCGGCGAAGCUAUUCCCUCAGAGAACUCCCGGAGCUUUAGCCACCAGGUAUUCGAACCUUCGGAAUUCUCAAAAACUGGUGGCACAAUAUAGUCUUGUCACUACACAUGCCACAGUUGACCACACAGCCACGCCUCUGGCCUCUAGAUACGUUCCAGCAGCUCAAGACGAUGUUGACCAUGUAUCAGAUUCAGUGUCGACUCCUAUGGACUUGGACGGUGUACCAAGCUCGGAGGAUUCAGUCCUAGGUGGCACGCCUUCUUAUACGCCGGUACCUGUAACUAUUACACAGAAUUUGAAGGGUUCUGUGGUCAGUGGUACGCGCUCUCGCACGCCUGAGCCUACCCUGAAGCAUAAACCCACCGUGAGACCUAGGGGCAGACCCCGAAGAGUCACACAGGAAGUGAACUAUGCGGCACAACAGCGAUUGCGACCUCCACGUGCUUCCGAGGUCUCCACUCCUGUAGACGAUACUCAAUCAGCAUCGCCCAGUAGGCUAACUCGGAUGCCCUCAGAGUCAGAGGACUUGCAAUCCGAAGACCUCUUCACCAACGAAGUGAUCGGUUUACCCAACCAGGUUGAUUAUCACCGGGAGGCUGCACUGAUUAGUAUUGGCACUACAGGGCCUGCUGGUCAAGCGGAUGACGGAAACAUGAAGAAAUACCCAUAUCUCAGCAGUGUAGAGCGGAGUUCCAUGCGCUUGGGACUGACCAACGGAGAAUGGAACCCCCGAUUAUUCGGCCAUUGGUCAGGCAGUGUCAUUCAUGUCGAUUUCCAGGUCGCAGAGAUGGAGGUGUUGGAGAAGGCUAUAAUCUACGUCCUUGGCACCUCCGUGCCAAGAUCGGUCUCGGUUCGCAAGAGGAUUCAACAGAUGCUCAUGGGCAUUCCAGAUAACAAGCUGUACCAGAUUUCAUGGGAAGCUAGGCGGGGGCGUCGACUGACAACUAGAAGCCGGGAGAGCGUGGAAGCGUUCCUCAUGGACGCUGCGGCUGGGCGCCUAGAGCCCUUCUCCCACAUCGAACGAGUGGGAAACGUUCUUCCCAAACGGAUCCGAAGCUCAAUGUCGUCUUUACUUCGGCAACGCGAGUUAGGCUCAGAUUCCAGACAACGCUGGGCCAAAUAUGACAAACCCGGCUCCGAUGACAUCCGGCAACGUAUAUUUGACACCUUUGGUCCCGCCUAUAGCUUUACUGGAAUGAGUCAUGACGUUCUCAGCGUCGCGUGGCAUCCGGAUGGACAGCGUUUUGCCGCCGGUGCAGCCUGCGUGGUGGAUGCUGAUAGCAUGCAGUACAAUAGGCCCAAUAAUCUCUUGAUCGGAGACACGCUGGACAAGACUCUUCGAGAAAUCCCACAUCACCACGUCACACGACCACGAGCCGAAAGCGGAGUAAAUUCGCGGCACUCUAUGCACGUUUCACAGGACCCUCGCCUGUUCACUACCAUAUCAAUGGUAGAAUUUUCUGACGACGGCCGUUACAUGUUCUCAGCAGGAUACGACAAAGUUGUCCGUGUCUACAAAACCAGAGAUGAUAAACGCGAAUUGGAUCUCUCCCAUUCUUUAAACCACAAGGCGCCCGUCGACAUGAUUGCAACAAGCAAGGACGGACUUCUUGCUACAGCUUGUCAACGAGACCAGAACCCUAUAAAAGUACUACGCCUUGAUUCUGAUAUAAUAAGCCCUAUCUCGUUCAAAUCCCAAAAAGCUUCCGAGCGGCAAGAUUUGAGGAUAAUGCCAAGAGCGCUAAAAUUCGAACCUACUGAAGGCAACCUCCUCCUGGCAGGCUUCGGCGCCAAUACCAAGGACGAUGGCUUAGACACCGUUGGCGAAAUUUGCCUCUGGGACGUUUCGACUCAACAGAGACUUGAGGUCUAUGGAGGCAAUCGCAACGUGUUCGACCUAGCGUUUAAUCCCAGACUGCAAGAAGGAGGCCUAUUCGCCGUGGGAUGCGUCGCCGGGUCUGAUGCUAACAGAAGUGCUAACUCAGUGGUCCGCUUGUACGACUUGCGGACGAAGUACUCGAAGUUUGUGGAACUCGAGUGCCCAGCUCGAGACAUGAAUGACGUUGUCUACUGUCCCUACGAUGAUGUCUACCUCGCAGCGGGAUGCACGAGCGGUGACACAUACGUCUGGGAUAUCCGCCGUCCAGAUGGUUGGAUCUAUACUCUUUCCCAUGGCGAGCCUUUGACGCCACUGGACGGGCAUCAGCCUCGCGAACUGCUUGACACCGGCGUUCGAUUUUGCUCCUGGGGUGACAGUGCAAGGCGCCUUUACACCGGUUCCUCGGACGGGGUUGUUAAAUCUUGGGACAUAACGCGUGCUCCAGCGGACGUGUUUGUCAGUGAUCUAGUCACUCUGAACACUGGCGUCAUGUCUGCCGCUUUCAGCCCUGACAAGACGAGCCUGCUUGUUGGUGAGGUUAAUGGCUCCGUCAACGUGCUCGAGCUUGGCCGAGAGGAUCGUUGUGCUAAAGACGUAGAGCCACUUCGUCUCAUCCCCGCCAAUGGGCCAUCGAUCACAGCAUCGCACAAUUCGGCAGUGGAUCCCGCCUCCGGUGUUGCCAUCGCGAAAGAUCUCGUUCUCACUCGCCAAAUGAACAUUGUCCCUCUCGGUGGUCUCCCGAUUCGUCAAGCGGUCCAAGGUACCAAGUAUUCUGGUCCUUAUGAUACGUCAGAAGACGCCACCGCACUCCGCGAACAAUCUGACGCCUUCCAGCAGAAGAUGUCCUCACGACACGAUACACCACAAUGCGACAUCGCUGCUUGCGUAAACUCCAUCACGAAGCUAACACUGGAAGAGGCCGGAGACUCGGGCCGAAGCAAAGAUCGUAUUCCAGACUCGCUUCGCGAGGCGUGGAAAGCAGGUUCAGGUGCGGCAGUUGUUCCUGGCAAAUCGAAAUGCUCGCAUUGUGGCCGUCCUGCGCGGCCAAGUAUCGACGAUGAUGCUGAAGCUCUGUGCGAGAGAUGCAGCUUCGACUGCCUUCACUGUGGCAACCGCGCUGUGGUCGCUCAUGAGACGGACAUGUUGUGGUGCUUAAAGUGUGACCGGCGAUGGGAUAUCGGAGUGUUGGGCUACGAGCCCGUUCGAGGACGAAGAGACAUCGAGCGGUCGGCCUGGAAAGAAAGAGGCAUGGAGACUUUGAGCUUAGCAGGACACGACGACGGCGAAAAUGCGACUCUGGGCGACGAGCUCAACGACCUCGCGAGUUAUUAUCACUCGCUGUGGGCGGACCGGCCGGCUGGCCCGAUUUGA